AUGAAGAUAAAUGCAGUAUUUAAGUAUUUAAAAAUAUUGAUAUUUCUUUUUAAUAACCUUAAAACAAAGCCUAAUAUUAAAUAAAGUAAGAGUACAGUAAGCGGUAAACAUACCGACCAUAAAGACUAAUAAAACCACAAAGGUUUUAAAUUUGGAUAUCUUGAAAAAAAGCAGUCAAUUGACUUGCUUGUUAAGCUCAAAGAAUUUCCUGAUGCCUAUACAGGAAACUUAAAAUAGUUAGGAAUAUUAAAGUUAAAAAAGCUCAACAAAGACAGGAUCUGA